GUAACAAUAUGUUUAUAAUAUUUAGUUUUAUGUGUUAUCAAAAAGUAAACGUUCAAAGUAAUUGUAAAGGUCAAAUAUUUGAUACGAGAAAAUGUCGACGAGCCAAAAACACCGGAAUUUCGUUUCGGAGCCGAUGGGAAACAAACCGGUCACGGAAGUCCCCGGAGUCGGAAGAGUUUUGGGUCAAAGAUUAAAUGAUGCCGGAUAUUCCAAGGCAAGUAACCUUUUGGGUUCCUAUUUGACCAACGAGGGCCAAUUCAAAAGAAAUUUCCAGAGCACUUGCUAUGCAAAUGACAGACAGGCCAACGAGGCCCAAGCUGGCCUUAGAGGAUUUACCAAUAAUUUUAUUGAUUAA